AACGGGGGUGUUCAAGGGAUGGCUAAGAGAAAGCGCACUUGGCACUGAUCCCUCCUUUGAGCGUAGACUGUGGUUUACAUUAAGCAGCGAUUUAUUGCAAAGGAGGGGGCAAUGGUUCUAUCAUAAAUAGCUCGCGUUUAUAGAGGGGUAGUGGAUGCAUGUUUAGAAAUGCAAUGAGGCCAGUGCACUUUGCGAGAGUUUCGCCGCACAGAGCCUCCGCGGAUCCCACGACCUGUUGCUGACAAGCCGGGGGAAGGAGCCUAGGAGACGGGGAGACGCGAGAGGGUUACUGCCUUGGAGAGAGAGCUCAGCCGGGAUUUCUUCGCGGAGGAAAUCAUGCAGUUGGCUAUAUGGCUGGUUGGACUAAUGUGUCAUCUGUCAGCGCUUGUCAUGGGCACCGUGCAACAGCGAUUGCAUCCAAAACAAGAAAGCUUCAUCAAACAGCUGUCAGUGUAUGAGAUUGUCAACCCGGUGCGCGUAAACGACUUCGGAGAGUCAUUCCCCCACUCACUGCACUAUAGACGGAGGCGAAGAAGUUUGCACGAUGACCUGUCCGGCGGUCGGGUUCACUACCGGAUUGAUGCUUUCGGGGAGCGCUUUCAUUUAAACCUGAGCGCCUUUUCGGACUUCAUUGCGCCCUCGUACACCGUAACGCACCUGGGUUUGGAAGAGAGCAACGCCACGGACUCGGACCAUAGCACUGACCCCAGCGAUAUGCGGCACUGUUUUUUCCGCGGACACGUCAACGCCACGAGCCAGUACCCUGCCGUCUUCAGCCUAUGCACUGGCCUGAUUGGAACUUUUACUACACAACGUGGCGAGUACUUCAUGGAGCCCCUUAUGCAUCCUGAAGGGGAAGAGCCUGAUGAAGAACACAACAAACCUCAUCUUGUCUACAGACGAGAACAAACGAAAAAUCACUACGAGUCUGACCCCAAGACAGAGCCCUGUGGAGCCUCAGGAGACACAAGAAAGCCAGGUAACAUGGCAGUGGACCAGGACUACUUUCAAGACAUGAUCAGUGCUUCCGAAAUCAACACCAACAACCACACUACAGAGCAUCCCAAAGUCAGAAGCAGACGAAAGAGGUUCCUGUCCUACCCUCGAUAUGUGGAGCUGAUGGUGACGGCUGAUGCUAAAAUGGUGCGGCAUCACGGUCACAAUCUGGAGCACUACAUCCUCACAAUCAUGUCAGUAGUAGCAGCAGUGUACCGAGACCCAAGCGUAGGAAACCUUAUUAACAUCAUGAUUGUCAGACUGAUCGUGGUCCACAAUGAGCAGGAAGGUCCCACUGUGAGCUUUAACGCUGCUACGACUCUCCAUAACUUCUGUGUUUGGCAACACAGUCAAAACGUGCAGGAUGACAGCCACCCUUUACACCAUGACACGGCCCUCCUCAUUACCAGAGAAGAUAUCUGCCGUGCAAAAGAUAAAUGUGACACUUUAGGGCUGGCCGAGCUGGGGACCAUGUGCGACCCAUAUCGAAGCUGCUCUAUCAGCGAAGAGAACGGCAUCAGCGCCUCCUUCACCAUUGCCCACGAGCUGGGACAUGUGUUCAACAUGCCACACGAUGACAACCCAAAGUGUCGCGAAUCAGGCCUCAAACACCAGUACCAUGUCAUGGCUCCCACACUGAACUACGACACAAGUCCAUGGUCUUGGUCUAAAUGUAGCCGCAAGUACAUCACAGAGUUCUUAGACACUGGCUAUGGAGAAUGCCUACUAGAUGAGCCUGUGGGAAGGAUUUAUGACUUGCCCACUCUACUUCCUGGUCAAAUCUACAACGCCAAUAGACAGUGUGAGCUGAUGUUCGGACCUGGAUCCCAAAUAUGCCCAUAUAUGAAACAGUGCAAAAGAUUGUGGUGUACGAGUGCAGAGGGGGACCAUAAAGGAUGCCGCACACAGCACAUGCCCUGGGCAGAUGGGACCGCAUGUGGAAAUGGGAUGUACUGCCGCCAUGGCAUGUGCAUCAACAAGGAGCUGGACCUGCAGCCUGUCCAUGGGGAGUGGGGUCCCUGGGGGCCGUACAGUGUCUGCUCAAGGUCCUGUGGAGGAGGGACACGAAGUACCAUGAGAGAAUGCAACAAGCCUGAGCCUAGAAAUGGGGGCAAAUUCUGUGUUGGACGCAGAAUGAAAUUUCGCUCCUGCAACACUGAGCCAUGUCCACGAGGACGCAAAGACUUCCGUGAAGAACAGUGUUCUCAAUUUGAUGGCAAGCACUUCAAUAUCAAUGGCCUACCUCCUACUGUACGCUGGGUGCCCAAGUACAGUGGCAUUUUAAUGAAGGAUCGGUGUAAGCUGUUUUGCCGUGUUGCUGGGACAAUGGCGUACUACCAACUGAAAGACCGCGUCAUCGAUGGAACCCCUUGUGGACCAGAUACAUAUGAUAUCUGUGUCCAAGGCCUCUGCAGGCAAGCAGGCUGUGAUCAUGUGCUUAACUCCAAAGCCCGAAAUGAUAAGUGUGGGGUGUGCGGAGGAGACAACUCCUCAUGUAAAACUAUGGCUGGGACUUUCAACGACGCUCAGUACGGCUAUAACACAGUUGUGCGGAUCCCGGCCGGUGCCACCAACAUUGAUAUCAAACAAGUCAGCUACUCCGGAAAACCAGAAGAUGACAACUACCUCGCUUUAUCUGAUGGCAAGUCCAACUUUCUUCUGAAUGGAAACUUUGUAGUGGCCAUGUUCAAAAGGGAAAUCACCUUCAAGGGAACAGUUAUUGAAUACAGUGGAUCAGACACCAAAGUAGAACGAAUCAACUGCACAGACCGAAUAGAAGAGGAGCUCAUCUUACAGGUUCUGUGUGUGGGAAACCUUUACAACCCAGAUGUGCGCUACUCCUUCAAUAUUCCCAUUGAGCAACACAGGGAACAGUUUCUGUGGGAUCCUUCAGGCUCUUGGCUCGAGUGCAACCGCAUUUGUCAAGGUGAGAGGAGACGAAAGGCCGUAUGUGUGCGCAAGAGUGAUCAUCUCGAGGUAUCAGACCAACGAUGUGAGCACUUACCACGACCAUUGGCUGUUACAGAGCCCUGCAACACUGACUGUGAAGUCAGGUGGCAUGUAGCUGGCAAAAGUGAAUGCUCAGCUAAAUGUGGCCCAGGCUACCGCACGCUGGAUGUCCAUUGUAUGAAGUACAGUCAGACAAAGAGGCAGACUCAAAGAGCAGAAGCCAGUGCCUGCACAGAAAUGUCCAAACCUCAAACCAGAGAGCCCUGCCACGGGGACUGUCUGCUCAAGAGCUGGCAGUACAGUGCAUGGUCACAGUGCUCAAAAACAUGUGGACGUGGUACCAGGAGCAGAGAGUCGUAUUGUAUGAACAACUUGGGUCGCCGGCUUGUGGACAGAGACUGCAGUGAGUACCAAAGAGUGGUCACUGAAAUCUGUAAUGAUCAGCCUUGCCCUAAAUGGACUGUCAGCGAAUGGAGUGAGUGUUUAGUGACUUGCGGCAAAGGGAUGAGACACAGACAAGUCUCCUGCAUGAUGUCAAGUGGAGGAGAAAAGCUAAGUGAGCACCUCUGUGACCAGUCCAGCAAACCACCAUCUGUGGGGAGCUGCGAGCUGCCGGACUGUGCAUCUUGGCAGGUCGGAGUCUGGGGAGCGUGUGCAGUGACUUGUGGCCAUGGCUACCAGAUGAGAGCAGUCCGGUGUGUUUCAGGAAACUAUGGGGACACAGUGGAUGACCGGGAGUGCAAUGCUGCAUCCAGACCCAGAGACAGUCAGGAUUGUGAGAUGCCAGCAUGUCCAUGGGCCUCCCCUCUUCAGAGCACCCCACGUCCAGAGAACUCAGUCCAGCUCCUGACCCAGUGGAGAUACGGCUCUUGGACUGCUUGCUCGGUGUCCUGUGGCAAAGGGAAGCGUGCCCGUUACGUCAGUUGCCGGGAUGCCCAGGGAGGUGUGGCCGACGAAUCGCACUGUGCUCAUCUGCCCCGCCCCCCAGAGAGCUCCUCGUGCUUCAGCCCCUGUGGCCAGUGGCGCGCUGGGGAGUGGUCCACUUGUUCAGUGACCUGUGGAGGUGGUCGAAGUAACAGGCAGGUGGUGUGCUCAAACUACCAUCGUCAAGUGGAUCAGUCUUUCUGUGACCCAGAUGAGAAGCCCCCCUCAGAACAAGACUGCACUGCUGCUCCUUGCCCCUCUGUGUACCAGCGCCAACGCAUUGACCAGCCUUAUGGAUACCCCCACGACCCGGGACGCCAUCCUGGUCACAACAGCUGGAACGUGCCCUCAGCAGACAACCAAUGGAGGACAGGGCCGUGGGGAGCAUGCUCAAGUACAUGUGAAGGAGGCUUUCAGAGGCGAGUGGUCGUGUGUCAGGAUGCAGAUGGGCGAAGCAACAGCUACUGUGAUGAAAGGGUUAAACCUGCAGAGUCCAAAAGCUGUGACUCUGGACCCUGCCCACUCUGGAACUAUGGAAGCUGGGGAGAGUGCACUCAAACCUGUGGAGGAGGGAGAAAAACACGUCUGGUGGUGUGCCAAAGGCCCAAUGGUCAAAGGCUGAAUGAAUACAACUGUGAUGUCCUGGACAAGCCCCCAGACAUGGAGCAAUGCAACCUGCAGCCCUGUCCAGGCUCUGCCUCUUGGCACCGCAGACCAUGGAAGCCGUGUUCAGUGAGUUGUGGACGUGGCACCAAGCAACGGGAAGUGGCCUGUGUCUAUCAAAACCAAACCAAGAUGGAGGAUGACCAGUGCACGCACCUUCAACGGCCCCGCACACAGAAGUCCUGUCGGGUACGGAGAUGCCCCAUAUGGAAGGCCAACAAGUGGACAGAGUGCUCUGUGACGUGUGGCGUGGGGACCCAGAGGAGAAGUGUUUACUGCAGGCUCAAAGGCACAGGGCAUGUCACUGCGGACCUGUGCGAUGCCCACUCUCGCCCUGCAGCCGUUCAGCCAUGCCAGGCCCCAGAAUGCACUCCUUAUAUUUGGGUCGCUGCCGAAUGGGAACAAUGCAAUGCCACCUGUGGCGAUGGGGUCAGGAGCAGGAAAGUGCGCUGCAUGGGUCCAGGGAGCGCAGAAGUCAGUGAUGAUUACUGUGAACGAGCAUCACAGCCAGAAACACAAGAGCUAUGCACAAGAACACCUUGCAAAUAUGUGUGGUCUACUGGCGAGUGGUCACAGUGCUCUACUAGUUGUGGUGAGGGCUAUCAGCAGCGUUUUGUGUCCUGCUCUGUGGUGCCCACCUCCCCGUCCCAUCUCUCAUAUCCGUCCCGUUUGUCCGACAGCAGUGGCACCCUCUGCUCCGAGCCCCGCCCCCCUAGCACCCACUCAUGUCUCCUCAGGGACUGUCCACACACAGCCUACUGGAAAAUUGGCCCUUGGAGCAAGUGCUCUCAGACUUGUGGGGCUGGAGUGAUGGAGCGCAGAGUGGAGUGUCAAACUUCCAAAGGUCAUCCGUCCAAGCAGUGCAGUCCAGCAGACAAACCAGACUCCCAGGCUGCAUGUAAAGAGCAAGAAUGCCAGCUGUUCAGUUCAUGCAGAGAGGUCCAGAUGCGUCAGGGUGCGAGGAUGGAUGGUGAAUACUACCUCAGAGUCAAAGCCCGGAUCCUACAGAUUUACUGUGCUGAGAUGCAGACUGACUUCCCCAAGGAGUACGUGACCCUGCGCAGCGGUCAAACAGAUAACUACUCUGAGGUGUACGGACACAGAUUGCUAAACCCGUUUGAGUGUCCGUACAAUGGUAGCCGCAGACAGGACUGUGAAUGCAGAAAUGACUACUCAGCAGCAGGCUACACACUGUUCAACAAAGUGCGCCUGGAUCUGAGCUCCCUGCGGAUAAUAAUCACAGAUCUGCAGUUUUCCCAGACUCCUCUUGGUCGACCUGUGCCUUUUGCCACUGCAGGGGAUUGUUACAGUGCAGCCAAAUGUCCACAGGGCCAGUUCAGCAUUAAUCUGAUUGGCACUGGACUCAAAGUGUCUGAGGCUACAAAGUGGACAUCAAUGGGGAACUAUGUUUCUGUCAAGGUUCACCGAUCUGAGGAUGGGACAAGAAUCUACGGUCGCUGUGGUGGAUUCUGUGGGAAGUGCAUUCCCCAGGCGCACAAUGGCUUACUCCUUCAAGUCCAGUGAAGGGCUAAUGCCCCAAAACAGACCUCUCUUGGCCACAGUGAUUUCUUUGGACUCUGUGGUUGUAACGUGUUCAUGGAGAAACAUCCCAUCUACUAAAUAAUAUCCUAAACCAGUUCCUGUAUGGCAGCUAAAACACUCUCAAGAUGUCUGAGAAGUGCAGCAGGGCCCCUGUUCAAACUGCUGAGGACACCAUAACUGGCUUUUUUGGACUGUCAAGUCUUUUUUAAACACUGAAUUGAAGUUGCCAUUUUUAGAAACAAAGGGACAGAAAGGAGCAAACUUUUGACUUUUCCGUUGUAACUGUCACUGUUACCUAACCCCUCCAUAACUCUCUCCAAUAAUCCAGGCUGGGGACUUGAAGAGUAAUGUACACUGGAUGAAAAAAAUUAAAUGUCAUAGUGCAAAUUUGUGGCAACUAAGUGUUUAAAAUGGUCAAAGUAACAAGGCCAAAAUGUUGACUGUUCUGUUACUUCUGCUAUUGAGUUACUCUGCAGAGGAUGGCUUUACGUGUAGCUACUGAUAUCCCUCUAACCAGUCCUAUGUCAAAGGUUAAAGGGUGCAUUAGUUAAACAACUGCAAAAUGCCCACAAGGCCUUUGUGGUUUAACAUCACUCUAGUCUGUUUUUACUUAGGGGGCUUUUUUUAUGUACGACUAAGACCCAUAGCAUUUAUUCAGGCCUGGGGCUGAGAGUGUGUGCCUGUAUGACUCUUAGUGGGUGGAGUUUUGAUGUGGCUACACUGUACAUUGCACACUACACUAGGAAAUCUAAGCUUGUAUUCAGUUAGAUCUUCUUCUACUUGUUACCGUCCCACAGUAUCAGGUGUGGCUUUACUGUCACCCCACUGGGCCUAUCAUAGGUUCCUACAAACCCUACCUCUCAUAUGCACCUGAUAAUAAUACCAAUUCUAAUAUAUUUAUGUUGGACCAUGUUGUCAUUGUGUAUAUAGAUUACUACCAAGACUACUGCAAAGAGACCUGUUUUUAUCCGCCUCAUGGUACUACUGCAAUUAACUGGUGGUUACAAAUAACUGGAAUUACCUCUAUUUAAAACACUGGAUUUUGGAAGCUGCUUGCUUCUAAUGGACAGGGUUUCACUUAGUGUUAUCUUUAAUGUAGCAUGUUUCUGUUAAAAAUAACAAAAACUAAAAAAAAGCUUAGCAGUUUCGUAAGAUAGCUGCUUGUUGCCUGUAUGUCCUAAUAUACUGUUUGUAAAUAUAAAGCUUUAACCAAAGUUAGAUGCAGAUUUUUUAAUUGAACUUUUACUUAUGAGACAAUGCAGCUUGUUGUUGA